AUGUACGCGAAACUACAACCUUAUCAAACUACACAAUUCGUUGCGUCAUGUUUAUAUCGGAAAUUUGUACAGUGUUAUCUGUACUCGAGUUGGAAAAAUCCUAAAUACAAGAAUAAAUUUCCUAAAACCAUUAUCAAGCAAUUUCACAAAGAUCUAAUAUGCUGCAAACGCGAUAAUGGCGAUAAGAAGGAUAGCAUGCUUAACAUGAGCAACAGCCAGUACUUGGAUUACAUGUACAAGGCAUGGCUCGAGGACCAUAAAUCUGUGAGUAAGUCGUGGGACUUAUAUUUCAAAUUGAUCCACACCAAAAGCUCAAAAGAUUCUCAUGCUAAAUCCAAUCCGACUCGCAUCAAUUCCCCUACAUUAAAGACAUCGAAGUUAGGAGGACAAUCGAACAAUCCCUCGUUUCCAAACAAAUCUUUUGUCCGAGAGAAAUCAGAUGAACAGGGGAAUCAAUAUGUAGUCGAUGCACUCCAUAUCAAUGCCACGAUCCGCGCUUAUCAAGCACGUGGCCACCUUAUUGCCGAUACAGAUCCGUUGGGCAUACAGAAUCCGGACUCGGCGAAACUGCAGGGCACUGCAGAUUUGCCACCGGCAAUUGUAGUGCGACAACAUCUUAAGGGUAUGACGGAAGCGGAUAUGAAUAAGGAAUUCCCUCUCGGUACCGUGACCCUUAUCGGUGGCGAUAAGCCAAAAUUAACAUUGCGAGAAAUACUAACGAGACUCAACAAAGUCUAUUGUGGUCAUUUGGGCCUGGAAUACACGUACAUUCACGAUCUUAAUGUGUUAGAUUGGUUGCGGGAGAGAUUUGAAAGACCAGGCGCCUGGGAAUUGCCCGCGGAGCACCGGAAGUGGAGCUGGAUGAAUCUCAUGAGAGCUGUGAGUUUCGAGAGUUUUCUAGCGAAAAAAUACGGAACAGAAAAGAGAUUCGGGCUAGAAGGUUGCGAUACGUUUAUACCGGCCAUGGCGGAAUGUAUGGAAUCAUCGGCGUUAAAUGGAGUGGAAACUGUAGUCAUUGGAAUGGCACAUCGCGGUCGUCUGAAUACUUUGGCAAACAUAUGUUUAAAACCAAUGAGUCAAUUGUUUACUCAGUUCAAUCCGAUUGCACUGGAAGGAUUCGGUUCCGGUGACGUUAAAUAUCAUCUCGGCACGCAUGCGGAAAAAUUGUUAGAGAGAACUAAGAAAACAAUGCUUGUUUCUAUAAUGGCAAAUGCCUCGCAUUUAGAAUCGAUCAAUCCGGUCAUAGUCGGCCGUGUGCGCGCCGAGCAAGUCGAGAAAGGUGACUCUAAAGAGGGCAAAAGAUCUUUGGCUAUUCUAGUUCAUGGUGAUGCCGCUUUUUCCGGUCAAGGUGUCGUUUACGAAACAAUGCAUCUCACCAAUCUGCCAGAGUAUACGACGGGUGGUGUGAUGCAUAUCGUAAUUAAUAAUCAAAUUGGUUUUACAACCGAUCCAAGAUAUUCACGAUCUAGUACACAUUGUACGGACGUGGCUCGCGUGGUUAACGCUCCUAUUUUUCAUGUACACGCUGAUGAUCCCGAUUUAGUGACUUAUUGCAGCAAAGUGGCCAGCGAUUAUCGGGCCACCUUUCAUAACGAUGUAGUACUGGAUAUUGUUGGCUAUCGAAAACAAGGACAUAAUGAAAUGGACGAACCGAUGCUAACUCAACCGUUAAUGUAUAAACGCAUAAAGGCUCAUCCCAAUGUUCUUUCUUUAUACACUGAUAAGCUUCUUAAGGAAGGCGUGAUAACGGAGGCUUUUGCAAAAGAAGAAGUGGAAAAGUAUGUAAAUCAUUGCGAGGAAGAAUUUAAAAAAGCGCAGACCAUUAGUUCGAUGCAGAUGAGUGAUUGGCAUGAUGUACCCUGGACCGAAUUCUACUCGCAUCAGAGUCCGAAACAAAUGAUACCUGCAACUGGUAUCGAUUUAAUGAUCAUUAAAACGAUAUGUAAAGCUAUAUCUACUCCGCCCAGUAAUAUCGAGGCGCAUCUUCAAGUAUUGAGAGCGAUGGACAGGCGAGCGAAACUCAUGGCGGCUCGACAAAUUGAUUGGGCGAUGGGGGAAUGUCUGGCUUUUUCUUCUUUAUUGAAAGAAGGUCAUCACGUUAGAUUAUCCGGACAAGAUGUUGAACGAGGCACCUUCACCCAACGUAUACACAUCAUUCAUGAUCAGAACAGAGACAAGAUUUACAAGAACAUUUUGCACAAUAUUUUUCCCGGGCAAGCUUUAUAUACCGUCUCGAAUUCGUCGUUAUCGGAAUUCGGCGUGUGCGGUUUUGAGUUGGGAUAUGCGGCGUACAAUCAUAAGGCUCUUACACUCUGGGAAGGACAAUUCGGCGAUUUUUGCAAUUGCUGUCAGGUUAUAAUAGACUGCUUGUUAUGCUCCGGACAAACCAAAUGGGGUAGGCAGCUAGGAUUAGUGAUGUUACUACCGCAUGGUUUGGAGGCCCAAGGACCAGAACAUUCAUCUGCCAGAUUGGAAAGAUUCCUUCAGUUGUGCGACGACGAGUGUACUCACGUGCCAGGAACGGAGCCCGGUGCCCCUGGCGGCGAGACAAUCGAGCAGAUCAUGACCAGGCAGCUUUUUGAAAUAAAUUGGAUUAUCGCCAAUCCCACGACACCCGCUAAUCUGUUUCAUCUUCUACGCCGGCAGAUACUGAUGCCGUUUCGAAAACCGUUGAUUAUUAUGUCCCCCAAAUCUUUGCUACGUCAUCCAAUGGCGAUAUCAAAUUUUGAGGAGAUGGGACCAGGUACAACUUUCACGAACGUUUUACCGGAUCCUUUUGUGAAGCACGGAAACGUGAAGAAAGUAUUGAUGUGUACCGGAAAGGUAUACUAUGAUUUGAUCGUCGAGCGGCAGGAGAGACAACUGGAGGAUAAAAUAGCGAUACUUAGAAUCGAGCAGCUCUGUCCCUUUCCGUAUCAUCUUUUGGCAGAGGAAAUGAGGAAAUUUCCGCGAACCAAAAUCAUGUGGCUGCAAGAGGAGCAUAAGAAUCAAGGCGCUUAUUAUUACGUGAGAGACAGGAUAGCCUUAACCUUGGGCAUUCCAUUGGAAAAUGUGAAAUAUGGCGGUCGUCCUAGUUCGGCUUCGCCGGCAACCGGCAGCAAAAUCAUUCACAAAAACGAAUACGACAAUAUGAUAGCAAUGGCGAUGAGUCUCGAUUAAUUGCGUGAGAACAUGACAGAAACAUAACUUUUUCGAAAAAUUAAUAGCAUAUACCGUAAAAUUAUAUAAGAUUAGAUAAGAAAUAUUUGCAUGUGUUGUGUCAAGUGCAAUAUAAGAAAUCAGAAAUAGAAUGUAAAUGUCCACUUUUUUUUAUCAAUAAUUUAUAAUUGAUUAUUAUUAUCUAUUUUUUUAUCAAUAAUUUAUAAUUAUUAUUAUUAUCUAUUUAUUUAAUAAUAAA